UCUACCUACCUACGACACAGUUCAUCUGGCAGGCUGUUAUCUGGAACAGAUUGGCGACAGAAACAAUAAGGUUUACAGCAGAUGUGUUAGCUAGAAGAGGAGUAAUAUUAUAAUUUAGAUGGUUAAUUGUCAGUUUGUAUUCUAAAGCUGCAGUCAGUUUAGUUCUGCCUCCAAGCAUCUCCUGGAUUACUAAGGUAGAUUUAGAGUAACUGUUCAGACCGGUUUAACCUGGAGGUUAGUUUUAGGCUGUAGAGAUGAAGGAGGAGAUUGCAGCAGCUGUGUUCUUCGUGGCUCGGCUGGCGAAGCGCCAUGGUAGUUUAGAUGCUGAGAGCAGAGAGAGGUUUGCUGCUGCCCUCACCUCUGCUCUGUUUGAGACCUACAAGACCCACUGGUACCCACACAUACCUGUCAAGGGACAGGCCUACCGGUGCCUGCGUAUGAACCACGCCCAGCGGAAGGACCCCGUGUUGGAGAAGGCCUGUGUCUGGAGUGCUGUGUGCUACGAGAACCUGGGGUUGCCACGGGAGAUUACCAUCUGGGUCGACCCGGGGGAAGUGUCCUGCAGGUAUGGUGAGCGCAGUGUUCCCUUCUGCGUGACGCAGGGCUGUCACUGUGGUGACGGGGAGUUCUCCCGCCGAGUACAUGAUGCCGUGGAGCGGGCUGCCUCAGACAUCCAAUCAGGAUCUUCCUCUGAGGGCGGGGACACCAGCAUGAGUAGCAGCUGCAGCAGCCUAUCAGCUCCCUGCCCUGCCCUGGGCCAAGCCCCCAACCCGGAACCCAAAACCAUUCCAACAGUCAGCAACCCAAACAGUGUCUACCAGUUCAGUGAGUUUGCUCCAGCGCCAUCCCCUCCAGCCUGGUCAGCUUACCCCAAGAGGAAGGCCUUCCCUGGGGACAGCUACCCUCCUCACGGCCCCCCCUCUGGACCUCAGUUCGCCCAGCAGCAGCACAGCCAGUUCCUGCCUCAUAAAAGCUUCAAACCUUACAGAGCCACCUCCUCCUUCAAUGGGCCCAGACAGGACAAAUACCACUGGGUCAGCAAGAACCGCUCCUAGAACCCGCUGGACCUUAGAACCCAUUACAUAGACCCCACAGGGCUGCUCGGAGCCCAGGACACUUUAAAAUACUAAAGGUUUUUUAAAAAGUGUGAAUUUAUUUAUCAAAUGGUUAAGCAAUGCUGUUUAUGCAUUUUUAAAAGUUGCACAGUAUUUUAAUUUAAAAAAUGUUUAUGUUGUCUUAACUAUUGUGAUAAA